AUGCUACCCCCUCUGACACCACCUCUACCAUCCUCCAUCUCUCCAUCGUCGACUACCCUAAGUCGAUACGAGAACCAGAAGCGUCGAGAUUGGAACACUUCUGGGCAGUACUUAAGGAACCACCACCCACCGCUGUCCCUUUCCCAGUGUAGUGGCGCCUAUGUUCUUGAAUUUUUGAGGUACUUAGAUCAGUUUGGGAAAACUAAAGUCCACACUCAGCUUUGCCCCUUCUUUGGCCACCCGAACCCGCUGCACCAUGCACGUCCCCUGCACCAAGCUUGGGGCAGCCUCGACACCUUAAUUGGUCGCCUAACGAAGAAAAUGGAGGCAAGCCUGAAACAAACCCUUUGGUGCUGA